UGGCAAAAUUCCCAGCAUCUUUAUUUGCAGAUAUUAUUGGUCUCACACCUACCGCUAACCAUGCAGUCACUGGACGAGAAAUGGGGUGAGGAGAAGUCGCAGAUAGCGGCUUGGUAUGCCGGCAAAAAUGUACUAAUAACUGGAGCUACAGGCUUCAUGGGCAAGGUGCUGGUUGAGAAACUACUCAGAAGCUGCCCCGACGUCAAGGGUCUGUAUUUGCUGAUUCGCUCGAAGCGAGGUCUAUCGCCGGAAGUUCGUAAAGACCAAUAUUUGAAAUGUGUGAUUUUCAACAAUAUCUUAGAAUUAUAUCCUGAGAUUGGCAAAAAGAUUUUCGUUAUUGGUGGUGAUGUUUUGGAAGACAAUCUUGGUAUCAAACACGAGGAUAGAGAACAUUUAAUUCAAACUAUAGACGUAGUUUUUCAUUGUGCCGCCAAUGUACGCUUUGACCAACCUCUGCGUCCGAUGGUUCAAAUGAAUGUUAUGGGCACCCAAAAAGUAUUGGAACUUGCGACACAAAUGGAAAACCUCAAAGUUUUUGUUCAUGUUUCAACGACAUUUUGUCAAUGUAAUGAACCAUUUGUUGAGGAACGUGCCUACAGUGCUCAUCGCAAUCCCUAUGAAAUCAUUGAUAUGGUCAAAUUAAUGAAUGACGAUGAAUUAGCCAAGGUUACACCUGAAUUGCUGAAUGGUUUGCCAAAUACAUAUGCGUUUAGCAAAGCCUUGUCUGAAGAUUUAAUUAACAGAUAUGGACAAAAAAUGCCAAUAGUUAUUACAAGACCAUCAAUUGUUACUGCUGCAUGGAAAGAACCACUUCCCGGUUGGAUUGAAAGCAUAAAUGGUCCUACCGGUCUAAUGAUUGGAGGAGCACGUGGCGUCAUCCGAACAAUGUACUGUAAUCCAGAUAAUUCCUCGACAAUUAUACCGGUAGACACAGCAAUAAAUGGAAUGAUUGUAGCCGCCGUCCAACGAGCCCAAAAACACAAAUCACCAACUGUCGAAUUUAUCAAUAUGUCUACAUCAAAUAAAGCACUACAGACCUGGGGAGAAUGCAUCGAAACAGGAAAACGUUUAUUUUAUAAAACGCCUCUUAGCUUUUCGCUCUGGUAUCCCAAUGGUGAUAUAACUAAAAGUUACGCCUACUUUAAAUUUUGUGUGAUAUUCUUCCACUACUUGCCAGCAUACUUUUUGGAUUUUCUUCUAGUAUUGUUACGACGUAAGCCAUUGUAA